CUUAGCCGUUGUAUAAAAUAAACAACAUAGAGGAACCGAUUUAUAGAGCUUUACUGUGACAAAAUAUUCGAUAGCUUAAGUAAAGGCUAAAGAUCAUAUACGCCUAUUUAAUCCGAGCAAGACAUGAUUCUUCUACUAUCUUUAUCACCUUAUUGUGGAUUUAUUUAUUUUUCACAGUGAUUGAGAUGAGAACCAAUCUCAAUUCAAUUAUUUGUUUUGUUAGGAAAGAUUUUCCAUCUGACUAUAAAUUACUCAAACGAGGUCCAUCCAUAGUGACUUCUUCCGCUUAGGUUAUUGUUAGUAAUCAGGAUCAGCUUAUAAAUAGUGACAAACUUUGUUUUUGUGAGAAAUGGUUCCAGUUUCCCGCCCUUGGACAUUGACCUUGUUGGUUCUGUUCGUUAUCGUUAUUUAUGUCUCCUGGAAUCCACAUGUGACAGCUGUUCGUCACAGUGUUGCCAACUCUGCUGGUUCAAGAGCUAAAUCAACUCUACGGUUUCUUGUUGUUGUGAGUAGACUUUAUAAAAUAGAUAUUCAAUCCAAUUUAUUAGAGUAAGGGACGUUUGGUUCCUUUAACGAUUGCCGCUACAAAAUUUGCAAAUCUUUGACUGUAGCACUUGGCUUUGAACUCUCAGCAUUCUGACUAAAACGAAUUCUAUAAAACCACACAAAAUAAUAGAUUUUUGUCCGUCUAAAUAACAAAUUAAGAAAAUUGCUUUUCUUUUACAAAUUCAUAGCAUAAUAGACCCUAUAUUGCUGAUAUAUUCAAAGGUAUGCAUAUUGGAUCUAUACAGCACGUAAAACAAUUGUAUAACUUUUCAAUCAUUUCACAAAAUGUGUGUAUUAUAUUUUCAGCUUACUCGUCAUGGCAAAAGAGGACCUCACACUGAAUAUACAUAUCCGAAAUGUCCCUAUCCAAGCGAUGAUGCCAAAGCUUGGCCAUACGGCGUUGCUCAACUCACGAAGAAAGGACGAAUACAAAUGUACCAGCUAGGAGCAAAGAUCCGUUCUUUGUACAAUGGGUUCCUGAACGAGAGCUACUAUCAGGAGGACAUCAGGGCUUCCAGCACUCUGGUUGACCGGACUCUGAUGAGCGCCGCUGAGUUCCUCGCUGGUCUCUUCCCGCCCAAAGGUUUCCAAGUGUGGGACAAGGAUCUGCUCUGGCAACCGCUGCCGAUAUUCCCCAACUAUCUCGACCAUACUCUGGGGGUACCUAGACUGUCACCAAUCUCGCCCUGUCCACUAUUCCACGACUUCCAGAACCAGUCUCUUACACGAUUUGACCAGGAAAACGGAUCUAAAAUGAGGGAUAUGUUGAGGAGGAUACAGCGUUAUACUGGACUAGAUGAUGUAACGACGGAGUCUACCCACCAACAAAUAAUCACCGUCUUUGAAACGCUCUCUUGUAUGGAAGACGAAGGGUUACCGUUGCCCUCAUGGGCGAAAUCAGUAUAUCCAGAGCCCUUGUCAAAUCUAGUGGCUAGGUUACUUGCAGCCAACACCAUCGGCUCACCUGUUACCAUCAGACUGCUUCAAGGACAGUUGUUUCAAGAAGUGGUCAGUUUGAUGGAGGCCAAAAUAAAUGGUUCUCUGACCCCUAAUAGACGGAUGUACUACUACUCCGGCCAUGACUACACCCUCCUAGGAGUGCAAGGCAUUCUGGGCUUGAACUCGUCCGAUGCGAGAAUCAUCAAGCCCGGAUCUGCUUUGGUUCUUGAGCUGCACCAAAACAACCAGACCAGAAACUUUUAUUUUCAAGCUCUCUACAUAGAUGGCAGUACCAACGAUUUGGAGCCAGUAGACUUCAAAAUAUCCGGUUGUGAUCACCCUUGUGAUUUUAACCUUUUAAAGAAAAUAACAGAAAAGUAUUAUGAUAUUAAAGACUACUCAAAGGAAUGUCACUCCAAAAGUUCAAAACGUAGUUAAUAAAAAAAUAAAUAAAAAAAUGUU